CAGAAAGUAAAUAAAUAUAUUUUCUAUUUAUUUAUUACUUAUGGACACUCCGAAGAUUCGGCUGACAAAGGCAAAAAUGGUAGCUUUGUGGUCACUUGACAUAAUAGUAGACAAAUGCGCAAUUUGCAGAAACCACAUUAUGGACACGUGCAUUGAAUGCCAGACAGAAGAAAAGUCCAUGGAGUGCAAAGUGGCUUGGGGGGUGUGCAACCACGCCUUCCACAUGCACUGCAUAUCUCAGUGGCUUAAAUCAAAAAAUAUCUGCCCACUUGACUCUAAACAGUGGAGUUUUCAUCAUACGUUGGAUAAAUAG